AUUGACCAACGUCUCAUUCGGAACCAAAAAAUCUGCAUUCCCCCUCCGUUAUUCGGCCCAUUUUCCUAUACGUAUAUCCUUCUAUGUACGUAUAGGUAUUGGUUGUUGGUUAUGAUGGAACAGAACCACUUAUUGUUGUCGGCAUUGGGCGUCGGCGUAGGAGUCGGCCUCGGUUUGGCCUCCAGCUCCACGUUCGGCCGAUGGACCUCCUCCGCCGCCGCCCAAGGCGUCACCCCCGAGGGGAUACACCUCGAGCUUCUCAGAUUGGUUGUUGAUGGAAAGAGCUGUGGAGUUUCCUUUGAGGAGUUUCCAUAUUAUCUCAGUGAGCGAACGCGUCUCUUGUUAACAAAUGCAGCUUUUUUUCAUCUGAAACACUUGGAUGUCUCUAAGCACACUCGAAAUCUGUCCCCUGCAAGUCGGGCUAUAUUGCUCUCCGGACCUGCAGAACCAUACCAUCAAACGCUUGCUAAGGCGCUAGCUCAUCAGUUCGAUACCAAGUUGCUGCUCCUCGAUAUGGCCAACUUUUCGCUUAAGAUCCAAAGCAAGUUCGGUAGCAUCAAUAAAGAGACUUCUCUGCAGAGGUCCAUCUCUGAAGUAACAUUUGAACGAGUGACCAGUUUUCUUGGUUCGUUCUCUGCACUUCCUUCAAGAGAGGACGGCAAAGAAAUCAAAAAACCUCCACAGCAUCGGAGAGCUUCUUCUGUCUCUUCAGAUAUGAGCAGCAUCAGUUUACAGUCAUACUCUUCAAGUGCAGCUCCUUCUAAACGCUUGAACAGCUGGAGUUUCGAUGAGAAGGUUUUUGUGCAGUCACUUUAUAAGGUGUUGGUUUCACUUUCUGAAACCGGUUCCAUAGUUCUGUAUAUCCGGGAUGUUGACAAGCUAUUUCUCCAAUCUUCUAGGCUAUAUAAGAUGUUCAGUAGAAUGUUGAAGAAAAUAUCAGGAUCAAUCUUGGUCCUCGGUUCCCAAAUGUUGGGCCUUACUGAGGAAUCAAGGAUAGUUGAUGAUCGGAUUAGUGUGUUAUUCCCUUACAAUAUCGAGAUCAGACCCCAGGAAGAUGAAUUUAAUCUUCCGAGCUGGAAAGCUCAGCUCGAAGAGGAUAUAAAGAAGAUCCAGUAUCAGGAUAACAAGAAUCACAUUGCUGAGGUACUUGCUGCAAAUGAUCUAGAGUGUGAUGAUUUAGGAUCCAUCUGUCAUGCCGACACCAUGCUCCUAAGUAACUACAUCGAGGAAAUCGUAGUUUCUGCCCUAUCAUACCAUUUGAUGUCUAGAAAGGAUCCCGAGUAUCGUAAUGGGAAGCUUCUCAUUUCAUCAGUCAGUCUGGCACAUGGAUUAAGCCUUUUCCAAGGGAGGAGGAAGGGUGGCAAAGAUACCCUUAAAUUCGAGAAUGCUGCUGGAUCGAAACCUGGAGCAAACCCGGGGAGCAAGAGUGCACCGGAGGAAUCAGCCUCGUCAACAAAGACUGAUGCUGAGAAUGCAUCAGCCAUUAAGAUCCCGGAAGUACCUCCAGAUAAUGAAUUCGAGAAGCGGAUUAGGCCAGAAGUCAUCCCUGCAAAUGAGAUCGGAGUGACAUUUGCUGAUAUUGGAGCUCUGAAUGACAUCAAGGAAUCACUUCAGGAGCUGGUGAUGCUUCCUCUUCGGAGGCCAGACCUAUUCACCGGUGGGCUUCUCAAGCCUUGCAGAGGCAUACUGCUCUUUGGCCCUCCCGGGACUGGAAAAACAAUGAUGGCAAAGGCCAUUGCCAAUGAAGCUGGGGCUAGCUUCAUAAAUGUCUCAAUGUCAACAAUCACUUCAAAAUGGUUUGGGGAAGAUGAAAAGAACGUCCGAGCUCUCUUCACGCUUGCAGCCAAGGUUUCCCCUACCAUAAUCUUUGUAGAUGAGGUAGACAGUAUGCUCGGGCAGAGAACAAGAGCAGGAGAGCAUGAGGCGAUGCGGAAAAUUAAGAACGAGUUCAUGUCACAUUGGGAUGGGCUAAUGACAAAAGCUGGGGAGCGGAUACUUGUUCUUGCAGCAACUAAUAGACCAUUUGAUCUCGAUGAAGCCAUUAUUAGGCGGUUCGAGCGCAGAAUUAUGGUCGGCCUACCUUCAGUGGAGAACCGAGAAAUGAUAUUGAGAACACUGCUAUCCAAGGAAAAAGUGGAAUUCCUAGACUUCAAAGAUCUUGCAGUCAUGACAGAAGGCUACAGUGGAAGUGAUCUAAAGAAUUUGUGUGUAACAGCAGCUUAUAGGCCAGUCAGAGAACUCAUAAAGCAGGAGAGAGAGAAGAAGGAUAAGGAAAAGAAGCAGAUAGAUGAUCAGGAGAGCUCUGAAUAUGAUUCUGCUUCCAAAGAAGAAACUAAAGAGGAAAAAACAAUAUCAUUGAGGCCCUUAAACAUGGAAGACUUUAAGCAGGCCAGGAAUCAGGUUGCUGCUAGUUUUGCUUCCGGGGGCUCCAUAAUGGCCGAGCUUAAGCAAUGGAAUGAUCUCUACGGAGAGGGAGGUUCGAGGAAGACAGAGCAGCUAUCUUACUUCCUCUAGAGCAUUGCAAGUUUGCGUGUCAAAACAUUCAACGGUUCCUUGUUCUUGUCGAACGUUGGAAUUGCUUGAGAUAACCACGGGAUUUGAUCUGCAUCAGCUUCGGGGGAUUUUUAAUGUUUUGGUUCGUGUUGGAUUUUGCAGUUUUUACAUGCUUAUUUAUGAUAAAAGUAGGCUUGGAUAUAGUAGCUGUAAAUAAUGCCAUAUGUUGAGCAUCCGUGCGGAUUUAGCCCAUUUGUUAUUCAUUUGUGUGAAUUUCUUUAAUAGUAGUAUGAAAUACUUAUCAGAUAUUAAAA